AGUUACGUACAGUAAUUCCAUGUGAACAUCAGUGAACUGUUUCAUAGUAUCAUAGUCACUGUAUAUUUGGAAUUUGUGCAGGUAAUGCUUUGAAACAUGUCUCAAUACAGAUUAUUGAGUGCAAUUGCACGCUCUUCGUGCAUAAAUAAACAUUUCAUGACGCGAACAGUAAUGCAUCAAACAAUAAGAAAUCUUGCUAGCACAGCAAGUACAAAACAUUUGAAAUAUAAAGUUGUGGACAAUGUAGCUGUGAUUACUAUAAACUCUCCAGGAGUCAAGGUAAAUUCAUUGAACCGUGAAAUAAUGGAUGAAGUUUCAAAUACUUUAGACGAUAUAGAAAGAGAUCCAGCAGUACAUUCUGUAGUUCUUAUAAGUGGAAAACCAGAUUGUUUUAUUGCUGGUGCAGAUAUUAGUAUGAUACAAAGUUUUAAAACUGCAGAAGACGGUUGUAAAGUAUCUAAAGACGGUGCCAAAGUUUUGGACAGAAUAGAAAAAAGUAAUAAACCAGUUGUAGCUGCAAUUCAGGGUAGUUGUCUAGGAGGUGGUUUAGAGGUUGCAUUGGCUUGCCACUAUCGUCUAGCUGUCAAUGAUUCAAAAACUAAUUUAGGUUUACCAGAGGUAAUGUUAGGUUUGUUACCUGGAUGUGGAGGCACCCAAAGAUUACCCAAAUUAACAGCAUAUACUAAUGCAUUAGAUAUGAUUCUUACUGGUAGAAAUCUUAAGGCACAAAAAGCUAAACAAUUGGGCAUUGUGGAUAUUUUAGUAAAUCGCCUUGGUCCAGGAGUAGGAACACCAGAAGAGAACACUAUGAGAUAUUUAGAAGAGACAGCAAUUAAUGCUGCUAAAGAUAUUGCACGCAAGACUUUGAAAAUUGAUCGCAGUCCUAAAACUUUAACCGACAAAAUCAUGAAUUAUGUCCUUUCAUACAACUUUGUUAAGGACCAAAUAUUUAAGAGAGCAAAAGACCAAAUAAUGAAAAAGACUGGCGGCUUGUAUCCUGCUCCUCUUAGGAUCUUAGAUGUAGUACGCACUGGUUUAGAUAAAGGUCCACAGGCUGGUUAUGAAGCAGAGGCUAUGGCUUUUGGUGAACUGGCAGUAACACCAGAAGCUAGAGGUCUCAUUAGUUUAUUUUUCGGACAAACAGCAUGUAAAAAGAAUCGCUUUGGUGCACCUAAAAAUGCUGCAAAGAAACUUGCGGUUGUUGGUGCUGGCUUAAUGGGAGCUGGCAUUGUUCAAGUUAGCAUAGAUAAAGGCUUUGCAGUAGUUAUGAAAGAUACAAACUCAGCAGGUUUAUAUCGCGGUAUCAAUCAAAUACAAAAAGGAUUGGAUAAUGCUGUAAAGAGGAAAAAGUAUUCCCUUGUUCAAAAAGAUAAAUACUAUGCCCAGCUUGAUGCUACCUUAGACUAUAGUUCCUUUAAAAAUGCGGAUGUAGUAAUUGAAGCUGUAUUUGAGGAUAUCGCAAUUAAACACAAAGUCAUAAAGGAAAUCGAAGCCAAUACACCGGAGUAUUGUGUGAUAGCAUCGAAUACGUCGGCAAUUCCUAUUACAAAAAUAGCUGCUGGAAGUAGUCGUCCAGAUAAGGUGAUUGGAAUGCAUUAUUUCUCUCCAGUAGAUAAAAUGCAACUAUUGGAAAUAAUAACGCACAAAGGAACAUCGCCUGAAACUAUUAAGACUGCCGUUGAUGUUGGUUUAAAACAGGGUAAGACAGUUAUUACCGUUGGAGACGGUCCUGGAUUUUAUACCACACGGAUCUUGUCCGCUAUGUUGUCGGAAGCCAUUAGGUUGAUGCAGGAAGGCGUGGAUCCAGUGGAUCUUGACAACAUGGUCAAGAAAUUCGGAUUUCCUGUCGGAGCAGCAACUUUAUCCGAUGAAGUUGGCAUUGACGUUGGUGCUCAUAUAAGUGCUCAUCUUUUACAAGUUUUAGGUGAACGUUUUAGAGGUGGAGAUGUAAAUAUACUCAGUGAUAUGGUCAGAGCUGGUUUCCUUGGCCGAAAAUCUGGGAAAGGUAUAUUUGUAUACGAAGCUGAUACCAAGAACAGAGAUAUUAAUCUUGGAGCAUUAGAUAUUUUAAAGAAAUACAAACUCGAGCCGAAAGGAAGUACAUCAGAUCAAGAUCGCCAGUUAAGAAUGGUAUCUCGAUUCGUUAACGAGGCGGUGCUUUGUUUAGAAGAAAAUAUAUUGGCAAAUCCCUUGGAGGGUGAUGUAGGAGCCGUUUUUGGAUUAGGUUUCCCUCCAUUUACUGGUGGGCCUUUCCGUUGGGUAGAUUAUUACGGAGCUGGUAAAUUAGUGAAUAAAAUGGAAGAAUUCCGAAGUCAUUACGGCGAUGCUUUUAAACCAUGUCAAAUGCUAGCCGAUAUGGCGUCUGAUCCAAACAAAAAGUUCCAUAAGCAAUAGAGAAAAUAUAAAACUAAACAAUCGAAGGUCAUACAGCAGUAAAAAACUUAAAAGUAGAUGAUUAAAAUUUUUAUACAUUUAUUUUACAGCGUGAGUGGCGAUUGUAAUGUUUAAAAGUACUAUAUUUUUCUAUAUACUUAUAUGUAUUGCGGUUGUUCCAACGACUAUUCGGACUUCCUGCAACGAAUUUCAAUGCAAGAAAGUUAUAUAUAUACAUGUGUAUUUAUUAAAGCAUUUUUAUACAGUUUAUACAUCAAGACAACUUUAAUAUUUUCAUAGUAUACAUGGAGUAUUAAAAUUUAUUUUUACAGAACAACGUAGAUAUACAAAAACAAUGUAAUCGUGUAUAUUGUUUCGAAACAUGAUAUUCUAUUGUUAACGAAAGAAUAAAAUAAAUUUUUUUAGCAGA